AUGUAUCCGGAGGAGGUGCAAUUGACCACACUCACCUGCCACGCAUUACCGGGCAUUGAAUGCUAUGGCAACCGCACUUUCCUCCUACCCAACUACCCCUGCUUGCGCUACCAUGGUUACUACUUCCUCACUACCCUCCUUUACAGCAUCUUUCUUGGCUUUCUUGGUGUCGAUCGAUACUGUCUGGGGCACCUGGGCACGGGGGUGGGUAAGCUGCUCACCCUCGGCGGUUGUGGCAUUUGGUGGAUUGUUGACAUCAUCCUCCUCGCUCGUGGCGAUCUUCGUCCAGCCGAUGAUAGCUCUUGGAUGCCCUUUAUCUAG